CCUCCCUCACUUCCACGCUUCUGACCAACAUAAAAAGACGCUAGCCGUCUAGAAGUUCCUCUUUAUAUAGACUGGGUGCCGACCUGAAUGAAGACUGAAAGGUCUUCGGUCCUCCCCUCCCCUAGAAACCACUCCUCGUUCGCGCGUCCAGUCUGAUGGCUUGAACAGGCCGGCUCCCUUUAUUCAUCCUCUGCUACUGAGAAGGUGGUAUAAAUGAUAGGAUCUAGUGUUGUCCCAAACUUUCUUCUUAGAUGAGCCCACUCUUAACAAAGCAGUUUGAUCCUCUAUGAUUCCAACAAAGGUGCCUGAACAGGUGUCCUGAUUCUAAAACCACUGUCCACCCAGCAGCUACUCCGGAGCCACCAGAUGCUUAGCCAUCUAACCUGGAGAAAGAAAUGAUUACAACUAUGGGACCAUAUAAAAGGCGGUCAGAAGGGAAGUUUCAGGCAGAGAUGACUCUUCCUUCUGAUCCAAAAUUCAUCCGUGAGGCUUUCCCUCAGAGAAGUGAGCUUCUGGAGAAAUUCAAAGCGGAUGUGAUUCUGGAUCCUGACACCGCGAACCCUUGGCUCAUUGUGUCUGCCGAUGGGAAAUCUGUGAGAUCGGGAGAGAAACCACAACAGGACUUGCCUGAGAAUCCCCACAGAUUUGAUCUUGCUCCCUGUGUACUGGGCUCCAAGGGGUUCACCUCAGGGAGACAUUACUGGGAGGUGGAGUUUGGGGAUCAGAGGGAGUGGGCCGUGGGGGUCGCCAGAGAGUCCGUGAAGAGAAAGGAAUGGCUCACUCUUAGCCCCGAGAAUGGGAUCUGGUCUCAAGGGCGCUGGUGGCUUCGGAGGGAGGCAUUCGGCUCCUCUGAGACCCCCCAACCUCAUAGUGGGAGGCCUGGGAAGAUCGGGGUUUGUCUGGAUUACGAAGGGGAUUGGGUGGCAUUUUAUGAAGAUGACCAUACGACUAUGAUAUUGGCCUCCUUCAAUGGGGAAAAAGUUUUCCCUUUCUUCUACUUGGGCGGAGGAGUCCACCUCACACUGAUCCCCUGAGGUACAGGGGGAAACAACCCACUGGGACCCCCUCCCCCAUGAAAUGUGCCCCUCUCUCUAGCCAUUUCCUGCACAGCCUCCCCCGAGCCUCUGCGGCCUUGUCUACAUGCAGGCUUUGCACCAGGGUCUGAUUUAAUUUGAACCUGGAGCAAACACCAGUCUGGAUGAUCUUAAUUUGGCUUACAAGCAGCGUGGCUCAAUUUUAAGCAUUGCCAGCGCAUGUGGUUUUCUUGUGAGUGUCAUGAUAUUUGGUGGGUUUUUUUCUUGUGAUUCCAUCAGGAUCUGAGCUCUUAUUAAAUCAAUCCAUUAAUAUAAUAAUGAUGGUAAUUAAUUAAUUAACAAUUAAUAACACAAACAGAAUAAGAAGAUUCAUUCAAUACCUGGAAGAAAUUUCCAGCCCUCCGAGUUGCAGAGGAAAGAUUGAAAAUGUGACUCCUAAAGGCUCCAACAAAUUAAAAUAUCCCACAUUUAUUACUGUAAGCUCUUUGCAUCAAGGGGUCAUUUUCUAAUCUGGGUCUGUACAGCACCUUGCACAACAGGGUCCUGAUCCAUGUAUAGGUGCUACAACGAUUUUUUUUUAAAUCUCUUGAUUUUUGAGGAGCCCUGACUCAUCAUUUUUGAACACGGGGGGUUGGCAAGACUGGCUUUCGCUUAAACUUGCUCCUAAUUGACUUAAAAGGGAUCAUUUGUCUUGAUUUAAGAGGGUCCAUGCAGGCGUUUGAAGGGGUUUAGCUACAUGCGGCUUAAAUCCCAGCUUUCGUUAAACAGGUGCAGCGUUGCAUGGAGACAAGCCCUCCAGGAAUGUCUACGCCCCAUUGUGGGUCAUCCCAGCCCGGGUCAAGAGUCUCGGACUAGCGGGGCUUGCGUGAGGGCUCCAGAAUGUGCUGCAUAGAAGUUGCCGCUCAGGUCUGAAGCCUGGGGAGGGGGAGGGCUUCAGAGCCUGAGCCACAAUUUCAAAGCUCCGUCCGCACAGCACCGUUCAGAGCGUUAGCACCAGCCCCAUGAGCUUGAGUCUCUCACUCCCAUGGGCUCCAAAAUGCAGUGCAGCUCUACCCUUCGUUUUUAGCUUUGAUGAGCCUGGAAGACUCCCUAGUUCACUCAGAACUUAGUCUUGUCCUCUUCCUAACCUCCUAGGCCCAGAUUCUCAGCGGGACUUAGGCACUUAAAUAGUUUCGAGGAAGUGAAACUCACUCUUGUCUCUGGUCGUGCUUCCGCAGAGACUCUCCGAGCAGCAUAGGGAACGUCUACACGGCAAUAAAAAACCCAUGGCAGAGAGUCCAGAGCGCAGAUCAGCUGAUUCAUGCUCUUGGGGCUCUGGCUGUAGAACUAAAAAUAUUGGUAUAGACGUCCGUGCUCUAGCUUGGGGCCAGGCACAAGACAGGAGGGUCUCAGAGCUCAGACUCCAGCCCGAGCCUGGAAGUCUAGACAGCAGUGAAACAGCCCCAUAGCCUGAGCCCCGCAAGCCCAAGUUGGCUGGCAUGGGCCAGCCACGGGUGCCUGGUUGCUGUGUAGACAUACACAUGGUUUCUUCUCUCUGCUCUGUGAUAGAAAGGGAACGAGACAUGAGGCAUUUGAGAAUGAUGCUCCUGGCCCAUCAUGGGCUGGUCCUUCCUCAUCUCCAUCCCUGUUUUAUUCAAGUUAACAAACAAGCCAAUGGCCCGGGUGGGGACUACCCGAGCAAUAAUGGGAAUAGGAAAUAAAUGUGAAGUGAGUCAAUGGGAAAGUCCCGUGAGAUGCACAGAAUAAAACAAAGCCCAGUGCCAGGCCUGUUAAUGAGGGGAUUUCUGUUCGGAGUGUGUCCUAUUUGUCCUUCCUGCUUUUCUGUAACUAGCAGAAAUAUCCCUGAUUUUGCAAUAAACGUUUAGUCCCAUUA